AUGUCUUUGUGUGAAGACAUGCUGCUUUGUAAUUAUCGCAAGUGCCGUGUCAAACUCUCUGGUUAUGCAUGGGUCACUGCCUGCUCUCAUAUAUUCUGUGAUCAGCAUGGUAGUGGUGAGUUUAGUCGUUCACCAGCUAUCUGCCCUGCCUGCAACAGUACUCUUUCUGGAAAGCUAGAUAUUGUCCGCACAGAACUCAGCCCAUCAGAAGAAUAUAAAGCCAUGGUAUUAGCGGGACUUCGACCAGAGAUUGUGUUGGACAUCAGCUCCCGGGCGCUGGCCUUCUGGACAUACCAGGUACACCAGGAGCGUCUCUAUCAAGAAUACAAUUUCAGCAAGGCAGAGGGCCAUCUGAAACAGAUGGAGAAGAUAUAUACUCAGCAAAUACAGAGCAAGGAUGUAGAAUUGACCUCUAUGAAAGGGGAGGUCACCUCCAUGAAGAAAGUGCUAGAAGAAUAUAAGAAAAAGUUCAGUGACAUUUCUGAGAAACUUAUGGAGCGAAAUCGCCAGUAUCAAAAGCUCCAAGGCCUCUAUGAUAGCCUUAGGCUACGAAAUAUCACUAUUGCUAACCAAGAUAGUACUCUUGAACCAUCUAUGAUUGCACAGUCUGGUGUUUUUGGCUUCCCAUUAGGGAACAACUCCAGGUUUCCUUUGGACAGUACACCAGUUCGAAAUCGGGGUGUUGGAGAUGGAGAUUUUCAGUUCAGACCAUUUUUUGUGGGUUCUCCCACAGCACCUGAACCUGCCAACAGCUUUUUUAGUUUUGCCUCCCCAAAUAAUGAAUUAGAGCAGCAGCCAGUCUCUAGCAGGGCCUUUAAAGUAAAAAGAAUUUAG